GCCCGGGCCUUUUCGAAUCCAUUAGCCAAAGAGGCCUAUAGGCAGGCAGGUUAUGUUGUCGAUUAGUGGACUGAGCAGGAAGCUUUUACUCAUCCAAAAAUACAGCGGUGUCGCUCCUCUCAUGGCGACUCUGAGUAAUCCCAGGGUUUCUGCUUUCUCCGCUGGUUCUCCUGUCAGUACUUCUCCGAAGAGAGUUGGAACUCACAAUGGUAGUUUCCACUGUGAUGAAGCUCUUGGCUGUUUCAUGAUUCGUCUCACCGAUAAGUUUUCCUCUGCAGAAAUAGUACGAACCCGAGAUUCUCAGAUGUUGGAAACGCUUGAUGCGGUGCUUGAUGUUGGAGGCGUCUACGAUCCGAGCCGGGACCGUUAUGAUCAUCACCAGAAGGGUUUUGAUGAAGUUUUUGGUCAUGGCUUCACUACCAAGCUCAGUAGUGCUGGACUUGUGUAUAAGCAUUUUGGGAAGGAGAUAAUUGCAAAGGAGCUUCAAGCUGAUGAAGGACACCCAGAUGUACAUCGGUUGUUUCUAGCUAUCUAUAAAAGCUUUAUGGAGGCAAUUGAUGCUAUUGACAAUGGGGUUAAUCAGUAUGAUACAGACCAGCCGCCAAGAUUUGUGAAUAAUACCCACUUGUCUUCAAGAAUUGGAAAACUUAAUUUGGACUGGAUUGAUCCCGACCAAUCAGCUGAAAGGGAAAAUGAGGCCUUUAAACGCGCAAUGAAUCUGGCAGGCAGUGAAUUUUUAGAGAACGUUCAAUAUCAUGCGAGGUCAUGGUUACCAGCUCGAACGAUUGUCAUGGAGAGUCUUGCUGCAAGGAGAGAUAUUGACCCCAGUGGAGAAAUCAUGACAUUGAAUAGUUUUUGCCCUUGGAAGCUUCACUUAUUUGAGCUUGAGGAAGAGAUGAAGAUUGAUCCUCUAAUCAAAUAUGUUAUUUAUCAGGAUGAAAGGAGCAAAAGUUGGCGAGUGCAGGCAAUGGCAGUAUCUCCUGAUAAAUUUGAGAGCCGAAAGCCCCUCCCUUCUCAAUGGAGGGGUUUAAGGGAUGAUGAACUCUCCAAAGAAGCGGGUAUCUCUGGUUGCGUUUUUGUCCAUAUGAGUGGUUUUAUUGGAGGCAACACAAGUUACGAGGGUGCUUUGGCUAUGGCUAGAGCUUCUUUGAAGAUUUAAUCAGUGAAGAAUGAGCUGCAUGCGUUUAAGUAUUGAAAGCAAGUAUUAUCGUACCGUUUGAGCUGGAUGUCAUGACGACUGUUCUAUGGUAAUCUGACCUUUUUGGCACAUUUAAACAGCUGUCCAAGGACCAAGUUGGUCUGCUACAUUGGUUUGGUUCAGGUUUUUAGAUUUACUCUUCACAGAAUAUGUUGUUCAUUAACAAGGUAUGUAUCAUUUUUU